AUGGGUUGGACACUCACCGGUCUUGGGGUUGCUUUGGUCAUUGUCGUCGUGGCUGGCGCCGCCCUGGCUCUUUGCAGAAGGUACUGCAUCGGCUGGCAAUGGAGUACCAGGAACAUUUGGAACGUCUGCGAAGAAUGGCGGCAAAGGCUGUCUUGGUUAUGGGCACCGCGAGAAGAAAAGGUUGGUCUGGUGAAAGCACAACACCCAACAGCGCAGACAAUCCCUGGAUUGUGUCGACAACCUGGAAACGCUUCUCAACAUCUGCUUCACAGCGACAGCGACCUCAGGCUCGAUGCACAAGGAGCUUUUACCAGAUUCGAGUCCGUGGACCGAGAUCUCCAACCUCCUCUGAGUGCCACAACCGGCAGUACAAUACCGCCGCAGCCUUUGAGGCCAGCACCCCAACCACGGCCAACGGCUCGACCAAGGCCGACUCCACUUCAGCCAUCGAGCACCGUAGACUACCUAAGGAUGUCAGAGGCUGGUCCGGGUCCACUAACUCCGCCACCGUCGAUACAAAGACCUCAGGUUCCAUCGCGAUCGACCGGUCCCUCGGUAUUCCUCUUCCAGAGUGAGCCUGUGAAAAGCUACGGUCUUCACAAACCGAACGAGCACGCCUUCAGAUUCGACGAGAACACGAAGAACGUUCCGGAGAGUAUUCAGAUGACACCGUACGGGACACAGAAUCACAUAGACUCGAGGCUGAUGUUCGAGAUGCAAGAGGAGGAGCGUCGAAAGGAAAACAGAUGCAAUCCUUACAGACCGUUUGAUUCGGAGCCGACCAGGAUCAGGUACGGCGUUCACGGUGCACCCAUAGCUACCUUGGACGGCAAGGGGGACGAGGAGAACAACACGAGCUACGGCAACUAUGAUAUCGUCCAAAGGAGCCACAUCAUACGGCAACAUGUCCGGAAUGACUCGAGAGGAUCCCCGAGCAGUUUCGGCAUGACGAAUUCUUCGAAUGCCGCCAGUCAGACCAUCAUGCAAUCGAUAUACGGGCCCGAGGCACUGUCUCAGAUGCUUCAAAGCACUCAGAGUCUCGGCAAUGACCUCGAUCACAAGAGCAACGAUGUGCAGAGCAUCGAGAUGACUCCCUUUCGAAGUUGCAGCCUUCAGGACGACAUCGACUCGUCCUACUUGUUCAGGGAGUCCCAAGGCUUGCAGAAGGUCUCGCAGUACAUUCAAAGCCUGCCCGAUCUUCCUAUCUACGAUUCGAUGAACGAAUUCGCUAUGCACCAAGAUCAAGAACGAACGCUGUACGACGACACCAUUCAGCAAUCGAUCAACACGAUCAAGGUCAACAGCGAGUCGGCCUCCAGCCCCGUGCCGCCGCCACCCGCGCCACCCGAUCCUGCUAAAAAUGUGCCAAAAAAGAACGAACCAACCACCGGCGAGAGAAUAUUCAACGCCCUCAGAUUGGUUACUUCGCAGAGUUACAUCGAUGCCUCCGAAUUUUACAAUUCGGUCCUCUCGUCUGCUCAGCAAGUUCAACGUUUCACUUUCCCCUCGAAGUCUCCAUCCCUGGUAGAGGAUGGCAUCAGCAACCAGCUGCACGAGGAAGUUCAAGAUAUUUACGCAGAAAAUGAUUCGGACGUGAUGGGUCCUGACGGUUCCAGACGUAGCUCCGAUUUGUACAGCCCCGAACUGAAUUUAGAAGCCCACAGAACCGCGCAGGAGGUGUACAAUAGUUUACAAGACCCUCCAUCAUCGCCGUUAUUACUAAAAGGUGUCAAUCAAGAUACGUACACCUACAUAACCGACCCUAGUUUUUCGAGAACCUCAGAGGAUAUCUUAAAUAGCAUCAAACAGAGGAGGAAGAGUAUGGAGAAGUUGAACGGCAUCCACGAACUGAACGAGCUCGAUGACGCUGACUCGUUGAGGAAACGAAACAAUCAAGAAUUCUACGCAGCGCUGGAGGAAAUGCAGCUGAAACGAAAGUUAUCUCAGAGUUUGGAAGAUGCUUUCAUCACGAACUAUAGUAUGAACGAUCACAAUGAGUUCAGUCCUGAAAGUCGUCGGGGACCCACAGGACCUGAACCAGAACCUCCACCGGAUGAAUCGAACUUGAAGAGAGCGAUAAGCUGCGAGAGUGUGUGCUCGGAUACGAGCGUCGUAUUAAACGACCUGGAUGAGACACCUAUCGUUGGACAUGUUUGCGUCGGUAUCGAAUGUGAUAAAUGGGGUGGACGAGGCGGCGACAACGAAGGUGAACUUGCUGUUAGUGUACUCGAGGCUAGAGAUCUCGUCACUUCUGAUGGUCAACCUGCUCGGGAUACUUUUGCUAGAGUAUGCCUGCUACCCGACAGGCAAAUGCACGUGAAAUGCACUAGACUAUACAGAGGAAGUCCUUCGCCUAGUUAUCAAGAGAAAUUUCCGUUCCAUCUCGACGGUGGUCUCACAGGAAGAACUCUUCUUGUGGAAGUAUUUUCCGACGAGUCCAGCAGAGGUGGCGGUGCAUCUCUGAUCGGAGAGGCGAGUUUACGCCUUGGAGCUGCGCCAAGGGCAGCAACUACCUGGUUACCUCUAACAACUUCAGUAUUGCCAACGCCACGACUAGGGGAAUUAAUGUUCUCCUUGAGCUACUUGCCAACGGCUGAAAGACUCACCCUGGUUGUCGUAAAAGCUAGAAACCUGAGGGGUGCUGGUUCUGCACCUGGGGACUUUUUUGUUAAGGUUUAUCUGCUGCAACAAGGAAAGAAGAUACACAAGAAGAGGACUUCCAUAAAGAGGGGAGAGAAGAGUCCGAUUUUCAAUGAGGCGAUAAUUUUCAACGUGCCCACUCACAUUCUGCAGAACAUACAAAUAAGAUUAACAGUGGCAGAAAUAACCGGCGAGCAAGGUACAAGCUCUAAGCCGUACUCUGUCGGGCACGUGAUAGUGGGACCGACGUCGACAGUAAGAGCUUCCGAUCACUGGAGACAAAUGUUAACAGCUCUGAGACGUCCUGUCGCCAUGUGGCAUCCGCUCAGAAAAUAAAGGGACGAA